AUGCUGUUUCAUUCUGUAUAUAUAUACUGUUACAGUGUUAUUUUUUACUUUUACUUACUUUUUUUUGGUACUACUGCCAAAUAGGAGCUGCUAAACAGAUUUUCACACUGAUACUGCCUGACAAUGUUAACGGUGACAAUAAAGUAUUCUUAUUCAAAGGUUGGCCAACAGAGGGUUCCAUUUGCCACCACACCCACCCUGGUAGCCAUGGAAACAACUAUACCAACAACUCUGCUAACAACUCAGCGAAACCAGUUUCCAGACGUCCUGUUCAUUGUAACAAAGACAAGAUGGAAGAGGAAAAUGCAUUAAGUCUGAAUAUCACGACAGAGUCGGCUCGACUUGUGGAUUCGUUGCUGGAGAGACGCCACCGCACUGUGACGACGGAGCAGCAGGAGGAAGACUCCUCUGACAGUGAGAUGAAGAAUAUUAACUGGGUUGCUUGCAAAGACUUCACAGUCGAAGUGGGGGAAAGGCAGAUUGGAGAGUACAUCCAAACCUGGCAGCUGCAGCCCUGCUGGCUCUACAGUCUGGACUUCCUCUGCUCCACCGAGGAGGAGCAUCAUACCAUCUACCACUACCGGGCCCGCUUCAGUAUCCCGACCUCCCGGAGGCCCAUUCAGGGGACAGCCAGCGUCUAUUUCGUGGUGGACAUAUCUAAAAUCAAACCCCAGACUCUGCCAGUGGAGGUGCGCUUUAUAGUGGAGUCAAACAGGCUGGUGCACACACCCGGGAGGAGCAGGUUCGGGGAGAAGUGGCUGGUGGACGUUAUCGAGAGCAAGACUUUGCUCCGACGAGCGCUGGACCUUUGAACCGAUUUCUGGAAGCUUCUAAAAGACUCCCAAAAGUUACACUUAACUUGCUAAGUGUUAACAUUAAACCCCACAGAGUGAAGUUGAGUGUCUCCUUGUCCUAUUAAGUGUCAACCCACGUCGAAAUAAAAUAAAGUAACCCUAGCUAGCUUAAAAAUUCGUAUAACAGUAAACGCUGGUUGACUGUAGCUAGCUAACUACCGUUACCGUUACAUCUAAAGUGACCGUUUUGAGGGACCUCAUAAUAAAUUCAACUCGUCCUCAAGACAGCGAAGCCAUUUGUUUUAGAUAAUAUGCUUAACCCUUAAAAAAUAGACAUCUCAGGACCAUUAAAAGCUAGCUUGUUAGGCUAACAGCUGGCACUAUGUAUUACAAUGAGAAAUGUUAGCUUCUGUUAGCCUAACGCAAGCUAACUAAGAGGGAAUAUUUUGUCGCUUUGUCGAAUUUAACGCAAUGUCACAAAAUAUACUAACUUAUUCUUACCAUACACAAC